GCUGGUUUUAAAAAUUAAAUAAAGUACAAAGAUAACAAGAACAGUUAUUUAACUGAUAAUAAGAAAAAUCAUCCAUUAAAUAUGGAUUCUCUAUCUUCUGGAUCAUUGAGUGGAGUACAAAAAGAGGAGCUUAUGGACCAAGUCAAGCAACAAAUUGCAAUAGCUAAUGCUCAAGAGCUUCUUACGAAAAUGUCUGAAAAGUGUUUUAAAAAAUGUAUCGGCAAACCUGGUACAGCUUUGGAUAGCUCGGAGCAAAAAUGUAUUGCGAUGUGCAUGGACCGGUACAUGGACGCAUGGAACCUUGUCUCACGGACUUACAGCACUCGUAUUCAACGAGAAAGAAACAAUAUGUGAAAUUAUAAAGCAUUUAAAUGGUGAUGACUCUAAACAGUUCUGUAAAUAGAGAGGAAUAGUAGUUUCUGGGCAAUAUUCACUUGUGAGUUAUAUGCAACUGGUUAUUUGUUGUGUUAUAUAAUAAAGUAAUAUAGUUUGAGUUCACUAUAUUCUUUUAUUGAAGACAAUUUUACAUGUCUAUUAAACAUCACUACAGUUUUGUUUCUUUUUCUUAUGGGGAAUGAGCAUUAAAAAUGAAAUUUUUAAUAA